AAGAGUUGGAAAGAUUUGAACUUCUGACCUUGGCUGGGGCAGAGUUAGGAUAACUGAGGACCCCAGCCUCCUCCCAGGUGAGUAGGAAUCAGACCCUGGGGUGCUGAGGAUUUGUGUGGAGGAGUGUGCUCCUCGGGAUAGUCAGAGGCUGGUGAGCAGUUAGGGAAGGGAGGGAAAGUGUGCCUUUCAGGCAAAGCCCCAUCCCCAGCCUUAGCGGACCCUGGAGCGAAAGCCAGGAAGCCAGGAAGGGCAGGCUUCAUCUUCCUGCAACAGAAGCCCCUCCCCACCAGGGACGGCUGACUCCCAGGCACUGGGUUCCCUGAGCAGGUGGAGAGUGGCCUGGGAGGUCCAGGCAGCCAUCACCGGAGGGAGGAACCGAAGCUGGGGGAGGACAGAGCUGGCACCCCCUACUACUCACAGAAAGCUCCUGGCGUCACACUGAAAUGUUUCUUCCCCUUCGGUGUUAAGGAUCCAGAAGAAAGACAAUUGCAUACCAUUCACACCUAUGUAAAUAAUGAUAAGCUAUGAUAGACACUAUUUAGAGCUUCCCGAUGGCUCAGUGGGUAAAGAAUCUGCCUGCAAUGCACGAGACACAGGAGACUCAGUUUCGAUCCCUGGUCAGAGAGAUUCCCUAGAGGAGAAAAUGGCAACUCACUCCAGUAUUCUUGGCCUAGAGAAUCCCCUGCACAGAGAUACCGCCAAGAUGCUUUGGAAUAUAGGAAGCCUACGGCAGAAAAUGAUGGAUGGAGAUUUUUCCUAGCCAUCCUCCCACUGUUAGAGCCAGAAUUUCAGGUGCAGAGUCCUGCUUCAGAUGGGUCCUAGGCUUGUCCCCGUCCUCAUGGGUCAUGAGCUACUCCCCUGGCUUUGCAUACCCUCCUCCUCUUCACUGUGCAUUAGCUCCAGUUUGAAGGCUUACUAUUUUGGCUUUAAAUUCCUUCCUUUUUCUGUCGCUUGAGGAUUUCUUUAUUGCAAGCUCAAUGUACAUGUUAAUUUUCAUGUUAUAUUUUAUUCAGAAUCUCCCUGUGUGAUGCAGCGGAGCAGUGGAGAUCCACACUGGCUCAUUCUGUGAGUUGCUAGACGCCUAAGGCACAAUUAUUUUUCCUUCUGUCUCUCCUACGGGACUACAGGCUCCUGGAAGAAGGAAACUGUGCCUGAAUUAUCUCCAGUUCUUCGCUCAGUUCCAGGGACAGACACAGUACGAGAGUGACGUUUGCUGGACGGAUAGUUAAAUGAUGGAAGGUGAUCAUCAAAGGUUAUGCAGGUCUUUUCACAUCUCCAGGAAGAGUUCCUCAAUCAUUGCAAACACAGAGGCUGCUUGAUCGGGGCCGUGAAUCUCAAAUCCAGCAACCGAAACCCAGUGGUUCAGGAAUUUGAAAGUGUAGAACUAUCUUGUAUCAUUACGGAUUCACAGACAAAUGACCCCAGGAUUGAAUGGAAGAAGAUCCAAGAUGAACAAACCACCUAUGUGUUUUUCGACAACAAGAUUCAGGGAGACCUCACCGACCGUGCAGAGCUGCUGGGGAAGACGUCUCUGAAGAUCUGGAACGUGACCAGGACAGACUCGGCCCUUUAUCGCUGUGAGGUGGUUGCUCGGAAUGACCGCAAGGAGAUCGACGAGAUCGUCAUCGAGUUGACCGUGCAAGUGAAGCCGGUGGCCCCCGUGUGCAGAGUGCCACGGGCCGUGCCCGUGGGCAAGGCGGCCACCCUGUCCUGCCAGGAGGGCGAGGGCUUCCCACGGCCGCACUACAGCUGGUACCGCAACGAUGUGCCACUGCCCACAGACUCCAGGGCCAACCCCCGCUUCCGAAACUCCUCUUUUGUCUUAAACCCUGAGACGGGCACUCUGGUGUUCAGCGCUGUCCACAAGGAGGACUCAGGCCAGUACUACUGCAUCGCAUCCAACGACGCGGGCUCGGCCCGCUGCGAGGAGCAGGACAUGGAAGUGUAUGACCUCAACAUCGGCGGCAUCAUCGGGGGGGUCCUAGUCGUCCUGACCGUCCUGGCCCUCAUCACAGGGGGCAUCUGCUGUGCCUACAGACGUGGCUACUUCAUCAGCCACAACCGCAACGGGGAAAGCUACAAGAACCCAGGGAAGCCAGAUGGAGUUAACUAUAUCAGGACAGAUGAGGAGGGCGACUUCAGACACAAGUCCUCAUUCGUGAUCUAGAUGGUGGCGCGGCUGUGUGCACAUGCAGACACCUCCACGGGGGACCCUGCCAGGAGCAGCCCCUUGAGGGGCGCCGGAUGGGGUUAGACACGCGCACAAAAGCUUUUGUUUUGGCCAAAGUUGACCGCUACUCCUUUCUUACUUUUUAACAAGCUACACAAAUAAAAGAGUUUUCCUGGAGAUGGGCAAGUCACCACAAGGCAAGGAAGUGGCCAGGUUCGCCAAGCCAAUCCCGUGGGGUCUGCCGGCCUCGAGGUGGGCAGCCCAGGCUCGGGAGGCACCGUGACCUGUCCCGCGUUGGGGCCACGCUGGCAUGAGCGUCCAGGGCUGGCAGCCAGGGUCGUGGCCCGAGCGUUGGCUGCAGUGAUGGGGCUUCACGGUGGCCCCGGGGCCGCUUCAUCCCCAGGCUUUGCCAAGAUAGUCCUGGUGUCCAUCUGGGGGAUUCUUUUUGGGUCAGCAUUUUAUAACAGCAGCCCAGAUCAGGACAGUAAACAGCUUGUUAGAAGGAGGGAUCUUCUUAGCUGUGGGAACCCUGCUCAUCCACAGAGGGUCCCAGCAGUGGAGAGCCUUCAUCUUGUGCUGAAUCUGAAAUGGUACUGACAUGAUGUUCUGCUUUUCUAUGGGUGUUUAUUUUAUAAAAUUUUACAGUCUAAAUUUUUGCUAGAGAUGUAUUUUGAUUAUUGAAAAUUUCUAUUUAAAUUGUAAAUAAGUUGUUGUAUGCCGUUAAAUACUGUAUCUUUUUUUUUUUAAAGUUCAACUUAAGGUAGGAGCCCAAACUGCUCCUUUCAAUUGGAAACACCACUGGUGGCUUAGGAAACCUUUAAGAAAAUUCCAGCUGAGCAACCUCACAGUCUAUUUGUGUCUGUGCAGAAGAGACACAGGCCUCCUGGGUGACCUUCCAGCUGCGUCUUCCCUGGGCCUACCCCCACCCCUACCCCAGGCCCUGAGACACAGAUGUGCAGGCCGCACGCAUGUUCGGCGUUGGCUCCCGAGUCUCCAGGCCAGCCCUCCCUUCCUCGUCCACCUAAUACCCCAACACGGGCCAUGGGCAGAACAGCUCUAACAGUGCCAUUCACCUGCCAUGUGGGUCCACCCAGGAUAGCGCCAAGGUGGCUGGAAGGGCCCCCAUGUGGCCCCCCAGCCUGGCUUCCCUGGGCCCAAGCUCUAUGGCUGUGUGUGGCUCAGAAAACACAGCAGCCCUGCUGCCAGGCCUUUAAAUUCCUUCUACUUACUCGGGCUUCCCUUGUGCCUCAGCUGGUAAAGAAUCUGCCUACAGUGUGGGAGACCUGGGUUCAAUCCCUGGGUUGGGAAGAUGCCCUGGAGAAGGGAAAGGCUACCCACUCCAGUAUUCUGGCCUGGAGAAUUCCUUGGACUGUAUACCCCAUGGGGUCGCAAAAAGUUGGACACAACUGAGUGACUUACACACACAUACACUACUUACUCAUGCAGUUCAUGAGACUGCCCAGGGCCAAAGGCAGUUUUGAGAGCAAACCUGUCAACCACAUUUACAUUUGUUUCAAGACAGCGACCUCCUCUAUCCCUCUGCCUUGAAGACAGCGCAGGUUCCGUCUCACCUCCCAGGAGGCUGUUGUACGGGGUCGUGAGGCCAGCCUCUGAUGAUAGCAAGAAGGGUGGCCAGGCGACAGCCCGACUGAUGGUGGGCAAAGCAUGAGCCUGGGUCCAAGACAGUUUCCUGAUUGUGGUGAAGUCUUUACCCAACCCACUGCCUGCUUCGAGGGGCGUCAGGAACACCAUCCAGAGGCCUUUGUUCCUUGCGAGCAGGCAUUCCCAGCCUCAGACACGCCGCUGUGUUCACUCCCGACGUGAAGCCAUUUGGAGCAGGAGCUUCGCAGAAGGAUGCUCCCACUCCUCUGUGUCACCAGACGGUUUUCACGUAGAAGAACAUAGUCAUCAUGAGGUUAAAUAUUCAGUGUCGUGAUUUUUUAUACUUUGGGUUUUUUUAAUUGAACACUAAGACUAUGUUGACAUUUCUUUCCUAAAUGGUGUGGACACUCUGUCAUGAGAACUGCAGCAGCGGAGGCAGCCCCUCAUCUUGCUGGGGUAGCGUCUUCUCUGAGUUUGUAAUCUGAAAGCGCAGACCUGAGAGGAUCCUUCCUUCUCAGCUCCUCUCGGUGGAGAGGGAGGCGCCCUCUGUCCUGGGGGCAGCUCCGGUGACGGGGUGACCUUCUUGGACCCUAAAACCUCCACCCCACUGCCCUGUGCCCUGGCUGUGACAGAGGAGAGGGGAGUGAGUGUGGGUCUGGGAGGUUGCUGCCGGUCACUGCAGACAUGCAGACAGGAAAGGAGCCUCGGGAGAUUUUAGGAUGUAAACAUGGCAGGAGCCUGGAGGCCACACCUGCCGCUGUGGCCUCGGUAUGGCUGCAGCUGUUCCCGGUGCCACAGACUUGUGCUACUAACACACCUGUACAUUGGUGUUUGUUAAACCUCAUUUAUAAAAGCUUCUAAAAAAAAAA